AUGCGUUUGCGUCAACAGCCACGGAAAAGCCAGCUCCGAAUCAUGGCCUCUCGCCUAGUGAGGCAUGCCCGCAAAGCCGCAGGUCAGGCCAACAUUGUGGAGCCGAGUAUUCCGCAUACAGAGAAAGGUCAGGCCGAUGAAGCCACAGAGCGGAGAGAUGAUAGUUUGGUCGAAAUCAGACCCGAGGCGUGUUCAAUUGUGAUCCCCGAUCCUGUCAAUCAGCUCACAUCCAGUCGCCGGGAUCUUUUUGGAUGCUUUGCUAGGCCGCUUUCGCCGCUGGAGGAGUACCUCUUUGACCACUGGACUAGGAAUUGCUCAGCGAGAGACUCUAUAAUUGCCACUAUUAUUUCAUUGAUACUGGAUGAGAUACAAGCUGGUAAUAUUGAUGCAUCUAGACAGCAUGUGCGUGGGCUUGCGGAAAUAGUACACUCCUCUGGAGGGCCGCAAACACUUGGUAUGAAUGGCUUGCUGAAGCAUCUGUUUGAGAAAUUGGCAUAUGACAUGGGACUUCUCCUAGACGAAGAAGCAAGUUCAGUGGGACUGAUCGAUUUUGUUGCUCGAGGCGGAAUAAAUAUGCCGAGCAUUCCAACUUAG